CAUUCUGUCAGCAGUACCGUAGCCAGCGGGACUAGGAAAGCGAUUCUCCCCUCUGUAGUGGUCACCGGCCAGGCCGCAGUUCAAGUGCUAAGUCCAGUUCUGGUCUCCUCAAUUCAGGAAGGACACUGAGGUGCUGGAGCGUGUCUAGCGAAGGGAAAGAGAGCUGGAGAAGGGUCUGGAGCACAAGUCUGCUGUCAAGGCGAGCCUGGUGAGCCAGUGAGCUGCUGCAGCUUUGUGAGCAAGUGUGAGAGCAGCUGGGACAGGGAAGUUGACCAGCUUGGUUGAAAUCUGUAUUUGCAGAGAACUUGUGUCAUUAAAAAAAACUGACAUAACAGCACUGGAAAGUCUGCAAGAGUGAGGAUGUUGGAGCAAGAUGGGAAGGAAGUUGGAUCCCCAGAGCAUAUGCAACUACACUGACCAAGAUACAUCCACUUCUCUGUCAUCACAGAUUUGUUGUUUUUCCAAUGCAUCAACUUUUGAAGGCAUGAGAGUAUUUAAGUGGAAGUCUUGGACAACUUGUGCAGGUUUGGCAGCCACUGCCCCAGUGAUAUCUUGCUAUCCAGGGAGGAGCAUGCACUGGAACCGAAGGAUUGAGGGAUGAACAGCACAGGAGUGCCCUCCUUCUGCAGCAGUUAUGUUACACCAAGCCUGGCAGCUCUGUGGGAGGUGGUGCCGCUGGUCCAGCUCUGUUGUCCAUCUUAUCAUGCUGACUGUGAUGACAUUCGGGGUGGUUGCCCCUUUGAUUUGCCACCGGCUCCUCCACUCCUAUUUCUAUUUGCGGCGCUGGCACCUGAACCCCAUGAGCCAGGAGUUCCUGGAGCACAACCAGCAGGAGGGACAGGAUGCCCUCCAUUACUUUGAGAAGAUGCAGAUACCAAAUGCCUCUGAGGCCUCUGGCAGUGAUGCCUUCCAGCCCUUGCUGCUGAUCACCAUUAUCACUGUGCAGAGGCGGUAUGAUUUCCACUAUGUCCUGCAAGUGGCCUCCCGCUUCCACCGCCUCCUCCAGGAAUGUGGUGCACGCUGCCGGAGCCACCGCGUGCUCCUCUGCAACGUGGAGUCAGACCCCAGUAGCCAUCAGGAUGUCAGAUUGCUGAGCAGCUUCUUUCCUAUGGUCAGUCGUGACAGAACUGGAGAGAACCCUGACCCCAGAGUGAACCAGUUCGAGAAGGAGAAGCAGGACUAUGUCUUCUGCCUUGAGCAGUCCCUGUUAUCAUACAACCCACAGUACAUCCUUAUAGUGGAAGAUGAUGCUGUGCCAGAGAAGGAGAUAUUCUCUGUCCUGCAGCACCUCUUCUUGGCCCGGUUCUCCAAACCAUAUCUCAGAGAUGCUCUUUACUUCAAGCUCUACCAUCCUGAGCGGCUCCAGCACUACUUCAACCCGGAGCCCAUGAGGAUCCUGGAGUGGUUGGGCCUGGGCAUGUUGCUGGGGCCGGUGCUGAGCUGUGUGUACUCAUGGGCACUGGGGCGGCCCAGCCCCAGCUGGCUGCUCGUGCUGUUCUUUGCUCUGUACAGCAUGGCCCUGUCGGAGCUGGUGGGGCGGCACUACCUGCUGGAGCUGCGCCGCCUGCACCCCGCGCUCUACAACGUGGUGCCAGUCACCGAGUGCUGCACCCCCGCUAUGCUCUUCCCGGCUCCCUCUGCCCGGCGUGCCUUAGGUUACCUGCAGGGGCUGCACUGCCAGCAGGGAUUUGCUAAGGACACUGCCCUCUACUCCCUGCUGUGGGCCAAGGGGGAGAACGCCUAUGUGGUGGAACCCAAUCUGGUCCGGCAUGUGGGAAUGUAUUCCAGCCUCCGGCUGAACAGCAGCCCAAAGCUGCUGUGAUCUGUGCAUGCCUUUCCAGACACAAAAGCCAGGGAACUUGCCACCGGGCAGAAGGGAAGUGUGCAAACUGGGAUAUUGUGCUGCUUGCACCGGGCUUCCUGUUCCUCCAAAUGGACAAAGAAUAACUCUCUUUAAAAAAAACAAAACACAAAGGUCCUUAAGAAAAUCAACUUAUAUACAUAUAGACCCUAUUUAAUAUAUACCAUGCACCACCUGGGAGGGGAGUGGAUGAUCCCAGCAGAAGGUGUGGGUUGCCCACUCUCCUUAACUGUUCUUAAAGAAAAGCUCUCACACCAACAUGCACAGCUAUCCUGCCUACUCUUCUGUACACUGAUUACAAAAUUUGCCUUAGGGCAACAGAAAUGUGGGACAAAAUGAAUGUUUUAAAUUUAAGCUAAUGAGGACGGGCAGGCCUUAUUUCCUCAUCCUUACUAAGGUCUGAUCUCUGACCUCUGUCUGUUUCAAAGCUGUGGUUUUGAGCAGACCCUUCAAAAGCAGAGGUGGUUUACGGGAACUUCCCCGCAAAUUCUGUCUGGAUGCUUAAAAUUUUAUGAAGCCUCUAUUAGUUACUGUUUCCCCCUGCAGAUCCUAUCUGCACCUCCACCCUUCCCAUUCUUUUUGUUCAGACCAGAGGCUCUUAAAACUAAAGCCUCUGCUGCUCCAUUAAUUGUCAACUCUGAGGGUAGGAAUAGGAAAACAGAAUCACAUCCACUGGUGUUGCACAGACGGGUCACAAAUGCACAUUUUCGUUGAUACACGACAGAUGUUAAUACACAUAACAGGAUUGAUUGCUGUGCUGGUUGGUUUUAUCACUAGUUGUAGUGAAUCUAGCUCAUUAAAGGAGGUCUUAUCAGUCACUGAUUGAACUUAGGUAUUCAAGAUUAAUUUACCUUGCCUUCCUACCAGCACAGAGGCAAAGGAAAGAUUAGAUCAGGUGCUGCUGAUGUGCAGGAUCCUUGUUCAUUUUGGAGCUGUAAUUCCCAUUUCGGCCUGAGUGGUGCAUUCACUGCUCCUGGCAGGAAGCAAAACACCUGUUAUCUGUUAUCUCUUCACAAAGACAGGCACCAAUAGCACAGUACAUCAAGAGGCCACUCUAAUAGUGACCCAUUAACUUUGUGUGCCCUGGUUGUUAGGCAUUUGGAUAGGUACUUUGUACCAGGGAGGUGGGCACAGUUAAAUAUAAAACCAUGCAAGUGACAAAAGAUCUCAUACAGAUUGAAAACAGGCAAAAACUGUGUAUAUCUAAUGAAAAGCCCACCUUGGCUAUAGUGGGCUUUGAAUCAAAUUCCACUUAUAUGUGGAAUUUGGUUGAACUGCUUUUAAAACCUCAUUCCUAGCUUUAGAGUGAACCACAGACAAUAUUUUUGUUGAGUUUAGUUGUUUGGGUUUUUUUAUUUUGGUGAUGGAAGAGCUCUGCUUUGAAUUUUCUUCCCGCAGGUCUCUCCUAGGUGAUUUAUGCCUUAACAGGUCUGCUUAUAGGUGUGAAAGACUUAAAACUCCUGAGAAAUGAAACCAAAGAAAAUAUCUGUCAGGACACUGUGGGUACCAGUUACACAACACAAACACAUAGUGCAGGUUAGCACAGAAAUGGCAUCAGAGCAGUGCUUUGCUCUCCCAAUAAUCAGAUGGAAUACUUUUAGGACAGCUUUGGAAAUCAGAGGUAAGUAAAAACUGCUGGUGGAUUUCAUGUCAUUCCAAAGGCAAAGCACCUCUCCUGCCAGAGGACGCUGGAAAAAUGGCACAGGCAAAAUUCCCAGCUGCUGAAAACCCGAGGAUACCAAGGCAGAUGGGCAAACCUCUUCUCAGGCUUUACACAGGGUCAGGAUGACAGGAUUUGAGUGUUGUCGUGUAUUUAUUUCACUAAGUGCCUGCAUAUGCAACUUGUUUCUGCAUCUUCAGCUUUGAAUGUUUCACUGCUGACACUCUUUUUCUCUUCACUCUUUUAUAUCUUUGUGCUAUACAAAUCCAGGACAGUGCCCUGUUUUUUUCAUGAGGGCCCAUUCAUAUUCAUUCUUGCAAAGAUCUCACAGUAAUGUACAAUAAAUGGGUCAGGGAAUGAAAAAAGGAGGAGGGAAAAGAAACCAAGUAACUAUAUACAGUUACUAAAUGUUUCCAUAUGGAGAAAUUAUUUAUCCAUUUGUCUCAAAAGUUAUUUUCCUUGUUUGUCCGGUAGUACUUUGUCAUCCCAAAAGUCCAGGGGAGGUCAAUACUUUCACUGAGCCUCAGAGCUGAAAACUGAGAACACGAAUUUGAGGCAUCCCUUCUAAACAAGAAGACAAUUUUCAGGUCAUAAGAGAUGAGAGAAGUUGACUGGGAGACCAAACAAUAUGCAGAGGGCCUGGGGCUUGAACUUCCAAGUGUGAGAGUUUCAGAUAAACCAGUUGAGAACAAACUCCUUUGCGCAAGAAGCAGGUUAAUUCUUUAUAGCCUUCUGGAAUGAUUUUCUUAAGUGCACAACUUACCUUCACAAGAGGUGCUGCUUUUACCGAGCCUGCUGGGAGCUGUUUCUGAGUUACUGGUACUUGGGCAGUGCCCACCCUGCUAGUGGGGCAUCUCAGGUAAGGGCUCCAUCUGGUGCUGCUGCCUUUGACCUAUCACAGGUAGAGUGAUUUUUGUUCCUAUUUUCUGUGCCACAAGUCAGAGAAGUGUACAUCACCCUCAGAACAGAAAAUGGGAGGUUACUGUGAAUUCUUAAUUCCUGUUGGAUUUUGUUCUGCAGUUCAGGCAAAAAAUGCAGUUUCAAACACACAAAAGCCUUUUCCCUCUCUUUUCUACCAGGGGAGAGUGGAGCUGAGUUGCUGUAUCACAGGCUAUAUAAGUUCAAGGUAUAGCAUUAGCUUUUUGAAAUGUGGCCUUAAGAUUUUGGUUUCAUUCACUUUAAAACAGACUUAGUGACUGUUUUUUAAACAAACUGUCAUUUUUCUUGGGUGUUGGUUUAUUCCCAAUAGUUUGGAGACUAUUUUUGAACACAGCUACUACUGCUUGCACAAGAGGAUUCUUUCUUGAUGGGCCAGCAGCAGGACUCAAGGCUUUAUUGUCCAAGACAAGUUAUUAAAUUAGACCAAAACUGCAUUUGUUUCCAAGACAUGUCCAACAUAAACAUGAUUCUGGCAGAACACAGGACAUAAAAUAACAGGUCUCUCUAUUAGAUUAGAAGCUCAAGAGGAUUUUCUAGCUGCAUUGAGAAUCAAUGUCUUAGUGAGAAGACACUGCAUUUGAAAAGAGAAGGGAAAAGCCUUCCUUCCAGAGGUGAGGUGCUGUGAAUCACUAGAUUGGGUAUUUCAACAGCAAUUUGUCUGGAUGCAGGCUAAUUUUUUUUCUUUCUUUUUUUUUUUUUUUUAAUAGUUAUUUACAAGCAAACUUUCAAUAAAAUAAACAACCUUUCUAGUAAAACUCUGUUGUCCUUUUCUGUUUGUAUUCCUGACUGACAGAUCCAUCUUUCCUUACCAAAUUUGACAAGGAAAGAUACUUCCAUGUUCAUGCAUCUGCACAGAUGUAAUAAUUUUGAUUCUACAGCCACACAGGUUGAAAAGGACCUAUGAAGGUCCAUGGUCCAAUUCCACACUCAAAGCAAGUCUUAUUAGAGCAGAGUCCUCAUGCUCUUCUCCAAUCGAGUACUGAGGCAUUUUAGCAGGGACUUGAGAUAAAAUCGAGCUCUGAGAGCUGGAAUUUAACCUUAGCUUACAUUUGUAUGGAGAGGGUACAUAUUUCACAAAAUAAGAAAGGUAAUUUUCUGUGGGAGACAGUUGUAGCUACAAAGGCAUUGGCAGUUUCUCUCCCAAAGGCAGAGUUUUGUUUUGUGUUAUUUCCACACCAGCUUUGCAGACAUCGUAUCCAAAUUCAGCAGGUGGCAGGGCCCAACCUGUGGUUCUGAAUAAUCUUCAGUAAAACACAUCUGCGAAAAAUGUAGAGAGAAUUAGGUACUCUGUGGUCUGUGCUUUCUCACUACAUGUGUCUCUGUGCUGAAGAAACUUCAUUCCCUCAGAGUAUCUGUCCUCCGGGAGAAUCCACCCCAUCAGCCUCUUUAUCCAUGCACUUACAGGCCAAGCAACAUCAAUGUCCCUUUCCACAACUUUGUUCUUCAUGGCAAGCUAUGAAUGCCACUUUCACAGCUGUAUAACAACAGUGAUUUUUAAAUGUUGAUGAUGAAAAAUAAGACUUAUAUUUUAUUGCCCUGUUACAUAAACCUCUGGACAGCUGUGCCUGCCUUCUCUUUGAAUUUCUGCCAUGGUAUCCAGUGUUCCUGUAGUGGUGCAGAAACCACAUCUACCAUGGUCUUUUCAGCAGGCUGAUUCAUUCCAGACAUCUGUUGGGGUUUGUGUUUUGCAAACUGUAUGCAAAUAUUAACAUGCAGCACCUGAUUGUGCUUUUUUGGGGGGACUGUGUGCCGACUAGAAAAACAGGUAAUAAACAGUUAAGUGUCUCCUUCUACAGAA